GGCACAAUCAGAUUGGGAUCUAUCAAGAGCUUGAAUGAGUGACAUUUCAAAAAUUCUAAAGGAUCUGUCAAAAUCACAGAAGGGGCUUCAUGAUGGGAAACAUGCUGGGUUAGCCAGGGGGGCUGAAGCCAUAUUCAGCAGGAGUCCUUCUAUCAACAGGAAUGAUGAUGUGGACCAUGAGAAACAACAGCAGUUUGUCCAGCGAUUAAAAGAGGAAGUCACUUUUCGCAACCAUCAUCACAAACAGAUGACUCAGAGCAAUCAGCACCUCCUGAUUAUACAUUAAAUACCACACUGGAUACGAUUGAUUAUUCUGUCAAACCAAAAAAUAAAUCAGGGGCUCAAAUGGCCAUGGCUCAUGACGCUAGGCGGGCUUUAAUUGAAAAAGAAAAAUUGGCUGAUCUUAUGGUUGUGUGCUGACCAAAAUAAAAUAAUAAAGAAAUUAGAAAAUGCUAAUAAAGACAUGGCUAGACAAAUGGAGGCUAGACUCCACAAUUUAGAAUUAAAACUAAAACAACAACAAUCCUUCUCUGAGGAAUUACAAAAUCAGAAUCACUUAAUGUUCCUUGAACAGAAUGAAUUAAAACAACAAAAUUCUAAAUUGCGUGUCAAAGUAGGCACUUAUAAAAGGCGUACCAUUCCCCCACCACCUUUCAUGUCACGCACCACUCAUGAGUCUGACUCAGACACUAAUUCAGAGGGGGAGGUUGAUCCAAUUGAACAUACACCUGUAUCCCAAGGGAGGUGGGUCCACCCUAACUUCUCCAUCAGAUCAGUCCACAAUGAGAAAUCACCAUCCCCUGAACCAGCUAAGCCAGUGGGUACCAUUCUUAAAAAGGCUGCUUUCAAACCAAAGCGUCUCAAUGUUUAUGAAGGGAAUUAAGUGAUGAUUAGAUUAAUAAUUGAUUUUUGCGUGUUUGGAGAGAAAAAAUGUGCCUCUCUGGUUAUUUUUCAAUUUAUUAGGUGCAAUUUGCACUAUUUAUGGAACACUGGUUAUGACAUGGAUUCGAGGCUUGUUUCUGUAGGUGUAAGAGUUAUAUUCAUUGGAAGGAAGGGGUAAUCUCAAAACAAAACAAAAUGUUUUCACUAAAUUAAAUACUAAUAUGUUUAAAUAAGUCAAGGGUUUCGUUUUAAUUAUCCUUCUAAAUAACACCAAGAUUUAAGACAAAUUUGAGAUGACUCUUUGUUUUAAAUAAAAUGUCUUGGUGUAAUUCUUUCACUAUUUGUUGGGGUGUCCAGAGUAAUAAUGGGAAAGAAUAAUUA